AUGAAGAAUGAAUGGAGAGAGGAAGACGGAGGAUGACAUCGAUGCACCUACAGUCAAUUAUUCCAGCAUUGAGAGAGUCAGCGCACCCACGUCUUCCCUGUGUGUUAAACUGCAGAGUCGGAGCUCAUUAGAGCAUCAGCUGACGCUUCACCUCUUCAGCACCGCGGACAGCUCCCGGCUCACCGGGCACAUGUCCGCGCGUAUAAGAGCCCGACCGGAGCCUGACGGCUGCAGACCCGCACCGACACCACGACCCGCACCAUGGAUCAUCACGGCAGACCCAGCUCCGGGAACAGAUCCAGCUCCGGGCACAGACCCGCUCCUAACGCACAUCCGCAACAACACAAGCCCGCGCCAUCUCCAUCAGACACCCGCUUCUUCGCCAUGAGAGGAGGCUCGUUCACGGACGCAAAUUCGGUAAAGUUUAACGAGAAAGAACUGAUGCGUGGCUUGAACGGCCGUCUUGCGGGGUUCAUAGAGAACGUGCGCCAGCUGGAGCACCAGAACCAGCUUUUGGAGAGAGAAAUAGCUGAGAUCAGAGGGAAAACAAAGCCCGCAUCCCGUCUGGAUGGCGAGUACGGAGCGGAGCUGCAGAGACUGAGGCAGCUGGUGAGGGACAUCACCCAUCACAAGCACCAGGUUGAAAUUGAGCACCAGAAUUUAGAGGACGAGCUCUCCAGCGUGAAAAGACAACAUGCCACGGAGACAAGAAGCAGAUCAGAGGCCGAGAGCAGCAUUGUGGUCCUGAAGAAGGAGAUGAACGACGCGUACCGGGCUAAACUGCAGCUGGACCAGAGAGCGCAGUCCCUGCUGGAGGAAAUUACCCUCCUGAAGGGAAACCACGAAGCCGAGGUGUCGGGGAUGCUGGUCCAGAUCCAGGACGCGCAGGUGAAGGUAAAAGCCCAGGGAUGUGAGCAGCCUGGGGUCACUGCGGCCCUCCGGGACAUCAGGGCUCAGCUGGAAGGUCACGUCGGGGCCGACGGGCAGCAAAUCGCUGAAAGUUUCCGAUCUCAGUUUGCGAGAUUAACGCAGGACGCAGAGGUCAAGAGAGAGGCUUUGAAAGCGACUCAGCAGGAGAUUCAAGAGUACAGGAAGCGUUUGCAGGCCAAAAGCAUCGAGCUGGACUGCGCUAAAGGGACCAGAGAGGCACUGGAGAAGCAGCUUCACGAUAUCGAGGAUCUCCACAAGGAGGAACUUCUUCAGUACCAGAACACGGUCAAAGAGCUUGAAAAUGAGCUGAUAAAUUGUAAAUUUGACAUGUCUGGUUACCUGCGUGAGUACCAGGAUCUCCUAAAUGUGAAGAUGGCCUUGGAUGUAGAGAUAAUGUCCUACAGAAAACUUCUUUGUGGUGAGGAAGCCCGACUCUCUACAAUGUCUGACUCCCACAUCUCCUUUCCCCACAUCUACCAUCAGUCCCCCGUUUACACCCUCCCUUGCUUCAACCGACCUGGAGGCCCACACAGACGACUGGAGCCCCAAUACAAGUUUGUGGAGGAGAUUAUAACGGAGACCACCAGAGAAAUAGAGAUGUCAGAAUUUGAGGAGACAGGAUCAGAGGAGACAGAAGCUGGGAAAGAUGAGCAGGAGUGCACCAACAGUGAUAGAGACGACAGUAAGGAAGAUGAUAAUAAUAAAGAUAGUCGAGAGGAAGAAGGAGACCAGUUGUCUGAUAGUCACCAGAAUCAGGUAGCAUCAGAUGGAAAGUCAGGAAAGGAAGGUGAAGAAAGUGAUGGAGAAAGGCCUGGUGAGAUGGAGAGUGGCGAAAAGAUUCUGCAGGGCAAAGAAGAGUCAGAGGAAACUGAAGGGGAUGGACAUAACAAACACAAUGAAAAAGAUACAAAUAUGCAAAACAGCAUUUCAUUGAGUGAGAGCCUUGAUGAGGAAAGAAAUGAACUUCAUAAAACAGCUAAAAAUACCAUGGAGAAAGAAACUACCGUAAUGCUGGUAACAGAUCAGACAGAGCUGGCUUCAGAACUGCAAGAUUUAAAGCUGGAGGUCCCUGUGGAGGGAGGAUCUGAAGAGGGUAAGCAAGAAUCUGCUGAGAAAGAAAGUUCUAUCUUAGCUCCAGUCAAAUCUGAGGAAACCUUAACCCCAGUAUCCAAAGAAUCUGAUAAAACUCAAGAGCGUGAAGUUAAAGAUAAGGCAGAUCAUUUGGUUUUAGAAUUAGCUGAGAAAACCACAGAACUCACACCAGAAACCAAAAUCACGGUUUCUAUGGAGGCAGAAGGAUCUUUAGAAAAACCCAAAGGCUUUUCGAGUACAACCGCCAAGAAUGAGGAUGAUGAAAAAUGUCAUACAGAGCCAGAAAAAACAAGUCAAGUUGAUAUUACAAAAGGUCAAGAAGAUGAAGUGACAAAACAUGUCAAAGAUACCACACAUGAGAGCAAUUCAGACAAAGAGAAGGUGAAAUCUCUCCAAUCCAUAGAGAAAAGUAUUCCUGAAGUGGAGCCUCAGCAGGCAAGCAGUGGAGAUAAAACAGUCCCAACUACACUGCCAGAAGAAAAGACAAUCAAAGAGUUGCAUCAGGGGGCACCGGAAAUCAGUCAGAUUCAGAAACCAAAUCUAUCAGAGGAUUCAAAAAAUUGAAGGCUACUCCAGGUAAAACUGAGGUGGAAAGUUGGAGAAGUUUGAAGAAAAUGCACCCAAAGCAAAACUGAAAAGCGCGUUCGUAUCUGCUUUAAAAAAGGUGAUUCCAUCUUUCAUUUCAAGAGAUGGUAAAUGAUACAGGAUGAAGAAAGGAACAGAAAUAAACGAAGGGGCUUAUAAUGCAGAUGCAAAAAAUAACAGCACAAGCUGAAGCAAGCAGUAAGAGGCAAAAAUCUGAAAUUUCUCCUCCGCAUGACCGUUUUAGGAGAGAAAACAGAUCUGAUCUUAGCUGCUUCUUUGCCUUUGAACUGUAAAUCUUCCUGGGAAGCAGAUUUGAUUCACCACCGACAUAAUACAAAUGUAAAUGCAGUUGAAUUUGACUUUUUGCUGCUUUGGUAUGUGCUGACAAAUAAAUGCAAAAUC